GUCCACCCACACGUACUUGGUGUUUCACCAGCGGGGUGCGAUCAUACGGCCCGCGAUAUUUUAGCGGCGUGCGGCAUGGGUGAGGCGUAGACGUGAACCAGAUAAACUUUCCGUGAAAGACGUAUACCUGCAAGGCGUCUCUGCCUCUCGUUCUUCCAUCAGCUCCAACCUCGCAAUUCCUCCCACCUCCCCGCCUUUGGCCUUUGAUCUUCGAUCUUCUCAUACCAACGACUUCCUCCCUCCAAUAUGGCAGAUGCUGCAACCGCUGCGUCCAAGACGGGCAAGAAUGAUGACAAUGUCAUUUUCGGCGCCAAUCAAACCGAAGUAGAGCGUCUCGACAUGCAACACAAGGUCGUCUACGACGCCAUGCCUCAGCAAGUCCAAGCGCCCAUUGACUUCUCGAAGUCCGGUCUUCGCAUUCUCGAUCAGGCGACCGGAAGUGGUAUCUGGAUUCGGGACCUCCGCGCCACCUCCUCUGGUAGCCACACCUGGGUUGGUACCGAUAUCGAGGACUCGUACUUCCCGUCGGACCCGCCUUCCGAUACCUCCUAUCACCACCAGUCCAUGACGGAGCCCUGGCCGACCGAGUGGAAGGGUACCUUUGAUCUUGUCCACUCCCGUAUGGCCCUCCCAGGCGUGGGUACGAAUCCGUUGGAAGCCACCGUUAAGGGCCUUGUUGAACUCGUUAAGCCCGGGGGCUACAUCCAGUUUGUAGAGAUGGACUGGAAUGAGUGGGAGGCGGGACCUGCAGGCCAAGCCUUUCACGACGCCGUGUACGACCUCUUCACAGUGGUCAGCGCGGGCCAGGGCGUCGACAUUCUUGAUAAGCUGAUCCCCAUGUUGAAAGAUGCGGGGCUGGAGGAUGUGCAGUAUAAGAAAUUCCCUAUUCCUUUUGGUAAGAAUGCCAGCGACAAAGUCCGCGAGAUCAGCAGGAAGAGCUUGUAUGCGACGGCCAUGGGAGUGAGCAUGACGACGAAGAUCCUUCCGGCUGCAGCUCUUCGCUUGUCUCGGGAGGAGUUGGAUGCCCUUCCGGAUAAGCUGGCCAAAGAGAUCGACGAGCGAGGCUUUACCAUGACGCUAUUCUCCCUGUGGGGUCGCAAGCCAGAGAACUAGGGUGGACUUGAACAAAGCGUUUGGUCUUUGAGAACAGUGCGAAUGGGAUUGCCGCAACUGUCAUGUAGCACUGUAGUUCGAAUAAAAAUCGAGUGCUGAAACACAAAUGGAGCAG